AUGGAGAAAAAAGACAGCAAUCUCUGGAAUUGCUACUCCACUAAAACCAGAGAAGAGCCGGGGAGCAGCAGAAGGGCACGCGCCAUUGCAGGACAGGCCUUUAAAAUUUUUCUUCCGCUGUUUGACCGAGUCCUGGUUGAAAGAUGCAUAGCAGAGACUGUAACGAAAGGAGGCAUCAUGCUCCCAGAAAAGUCUCAAGGAAAAGUACAAGCCACGGUUGUGGCAGUUGGCAGAGGCUCCAAAGGCAAGGAGGGUGAAGUACGGCCAGUUAGUGUAAAAGUUGGUGAGAAGGUCCUACUACCUGAGUAUGGUGGAACAAAAGUUGUCCUGGAUGAUAAGGACUACUUCAUAUUUAGAGAUGGUGAUAUUCUUGGAAAAUAUGUUGACUGAGGGUUUCUGAUGGCUGCAUUAUCAUGAAGGUGUCAUUCCACAAGAAG